AACAGCACAUCAUCGACAAUCAAAGUUUCAACAAUAUUAGAUAAAAUAAAACAAUCCCAAGCUUGACAGCAAACCAGCAAAGAUGACAACAGCAAAUAAUCCUCCCCGGCUCAUCUUCCCCUUCACCUGAAACAUACCUACCCUACAAGCAGCUCCAGAGAAUGAAAGGCAGAAAUGGGAAAGGAACCGGGCACUCGUCUCCAAGCCAUCUGGUGCAUUCGCAUAAUCCGCAGUUGAAUAAUAUUCGAAGACAGAAGGGAGAGGUGGUAUUUAUAUACCCCUCAACUCCUCCACCAAUAGUUUCAAAAAACAGUGAAUACCAAAUUCAUCACUUCACCACAAGAACUAUCAACCUCAAAAUCACGGUGAAUCUCAUCCACCCAAGUUCAUUCAUUCCCUACCAUCGUCCUCCUUUCCCACCUGCCUACCGAGCAACAGGAUAUCAUCAACCCAUCGAUCAGCUCAAAGGCCAUCCAUGCAUUCAUUUCGUGAACGAGAACUCCAAAAACGCCCUGCUAUCACCGACAAUAGCUACCUAGAUCACAGCAGACCUAUCUACCAAUCAAUUUUUUUUUUUACCUUCCCCUUCCUCAUCCCAGCUCAUCCCAGCAUAAAAAU